CUUUAUAUUAAUUAGCAAUUGAUUUUAUUUAUUUUUAUUUAAUUAUGCAGAGAAGGGGUGCUGGUUCAAAUUCAGAGAGAAUGCUUGAUGCCAAGACAUUGAGACGUUUGGCUCAAAAUAGGGAAGCAGCAAAGAAGAGCAGGCUUAGAAAAAAGGCCUAUGUACAGCAGCUAGAAUCGAGUAGGAUAAGGCUCAGCCAGCUAGAGCAGGACCUUCAAAGAGCACGUUCACAAGGAUUUUUCAUGGGAGGAGGCGGUGGUGCUGGUGGUAAUAUUAGUUCUGGUGCUGCAAUAUUUGAUAUGGAAUAUGCCAGAUGGUUAGAAGAUGAUCACAAGCAUAUGACGGAAAUUCGAACAGCAUUGCAAGCACACUUAUCAGAUGGUGAUCUCAGGGUAAUACUAGAUGGAUACAUAACGCAUUACGAUGAAAUUUUUCGUCUAAAAGGAGUGGCUGCUAAAUCUGAUGUCUUUCAUCUGAUAACCGGAAUGUGGACUACUCCGGCUGAACGUUGUUUUCUCUGGAUGGGCGGUUUUCGUCCAUCUGAACUCGUCAAGAUGUUAACAGCACAACUAGACCCCUUAACAGAGCAGCAAGUUAUGGGGAUUUACAACCUCCAACGGUCCACAGAACAGGCAGAAGGGGCUCUCUCCCAGGGAUUGGAACAGCUACAGCAAUCUUUAACCGAUACCAUAGCCAGCGGUUCUGUUAAUGAUAGCAUGCAUCACAUGGCCGUUGCACUUGGCAAGCUUACGAAUCUUGAAGGUUUCGUCCGUCAGGCUGACAAUUUGAGACAACAAACACUUCAUCAACUACACCGUGUAUUGACAGUCCGACAGGCAGCACGAUGUUUCCUAGUAAUUGGGGAGUAUUAUGGUCGAUUACGAGCCCUAAGUUCACUGUGGGCAUCUCGUCCAAGAGAGACCUUUAUUGGGGACGAUAUUUUGUGCCAAGCGACUACGGAUUUGCAAAUGGUACAACAAUCUUCUCAAAACCAUUUUUCCAACUUCUAAUGUGUCCCCAAAACUGGAUCAUGAUUAAAUCAAUGGCAUACUUCUAGCACGGGGGGGUUCUUCGGCUGCUUUGCCACCUCUUAUGACAUAGAAAGGAUCUAUACAUGAGAAGUGUGAACAUACAAUGCGGGUUGACCAUAUAUUUGAGCGCACUUGCACUAGCAUUCAAGUCACUCACACGAGUGGGUCUUCGCAUCAAAAACUAUAUUCGAGACCCUUUUUAUUUGGCGUUAGCUUGGAGUUGAGACUUUUCUCCCAGUACUUUUGCCCUCGCUUUUGAUAUUUUAGUCAUCGUACAAUGUUAUCUUUUCGAUGUAAAUAAAUUCUAUGUGUAUAGGAAGCUUUCACUAGAUUAAGGGGAGAAAAAUUGUGCAAUAGCAUGCCAUAUGUGGGGACUUAGGUGGGUUGGCGUAGGUGUUUGUAUUAUUGGACUCCAUCUAUGUAAAUGAAGUGGUUGUUAAGUAAACUAUUUUUGAAGCACA